AUGGAUCAACCAAGUACUUCAAAAAAUUCUCGCAAAAGAAGAAGAGUGGUUGCAGCUACUAGUGAGGACUUCGAAAAUACUCUACAAACUUGGUUAGAAAAGGAAACGGAGGGUGAUUUUAGCGACGUUGACGAUGAUCAGGCAGACCCAGACUUCUUCUUGCAAUCUGAUCACGAAACCGAAUCCGAACAGUCAGAAGACGAACAAGAGAAUGAGAAUCAGCUACAAACUAGACCGACCAGUGUGCCUCUUGUUGAUGUCAACCGAACUUUAAGAUCCGAAACUACGAGUCCUAUUUCAAUUUUAUCUGGUAAUCAAAAGUAUUAUUACGGAAAAAAUGGGUACAAGUGGUCAUCUGAAGAACCUGUUAACAGAUCAAGUCGUACAGCAAGUCACAAUAUUGUUGAUAUUCCACCACGUCAACCCAAAACAUUCAUCGACUCGGAAUCUUUAUGGCUUGAGCUAUUUGACACGAAAAUGAUUGAUACAAUUGUUACUUGUACUAAUCAAAAACUUUCACAGGUUUGCACAAAGUACAAAAAUCCAGACAAAGUUGAACUUAGAUCAACCGAUCGCGAAGAAAUGAAAGCUUUCUUGGGUUUAUUAUUUUAUACCUCAGUUUUCAAAUCAAAUCACGAAAAUACCAAAUGCAUUUUUGCUACUGAUGGUUCCGGGCGUGAAAUUUUUCGCUGCGUAAUGUCUCAAUUCCGAUUUCUCACCCUCCUAAACUACAUUCGUUUCGAUGACAGUAACAGUAGAUCACAACGCCUUGAAACGGACCCAUUGGCUGCAAUUUCAGAAAUUUUUGGGCUGUUCAUUGCCAAUUGCAAGAAAGCGUAUACUCCCGGAGCAUACUUAUGUGUAGAUGAGAUGCUAGUUUCAUUUAGAGGCAGAUGCAAAUUUAUUAUUUAUAUUCCCAAAAAGCCGGCCAAGUAUGGCCUAAAAAUUUUAGUUGUUUGUGACGCAGAAACCUUUUAUGUACACAAUGCAUACAUCUACCACGGAAAAGACUCUGAUGGGCUAGGACUACCAGAAACCGAGAGAAAGCUUGCCAUCCCAACUCAGUCUGUAUUACGUUUGUGUAAGGAUUUUGAAAAAACCUAUAGAAAUAUUACAGCCGAUAAUUGGUUUAGCUCCAUAGAAUUGAUGGAACAGUUAAAAGAUAGGGGUCUCACUUACGUUGGAACACUGAAAAAAAAUAAAGGACACAUCCCACCUGAAUUUCAAGCAUCUAAAACUCGUUCGCCUGAAUCGUCGCUACACGGCUUCACGAAAGACUUCACUAUUGUGUCUUACGUCCCCAAAAAGUCAAAAGCAGUGUUAUUGAUAUCUUCUAUGCACCACACAAAGCAAUUGGAUCCACUAACAAAAAAGCCGGAAAUUAUAAUGGAUUAUAAUAGAACAAAAGGGGGUGUUGACGAAAUCGAUAAAAAAUGUUCGAAUUAUUCAUCAAGUCGUAGAACCCGACGUUGGCCUCUCGCUAUUUUUUUCAGAAUCUUGGACUUGAGUGGAGUCAACGCCUAUGCUCUGUACAAGACCUGCACUGCCGUUCCUAAUAUUUCUAGAGCUCAGUUUCUCCAGGAUCUUGCUCGCAGUUUGGUCUUACCACACCUAAAACGUCGAGUGUAUAAUAAUCGUUUACCAAGAGAGCUGCGAUUGACAAUAUCACGCGUACUAGGUACAGAUAAGCCACCAGAACCUGAAAUAACUGCCCCUGAAGAUACAGAAGCAGCGAGAAAAACAUGUAAAAUUUGUCCAUCAAGACUCAAAAGACGUACUAAGUACAGCUGCAUCGAAUGUCGCAAGGCUAUCUGUCUCGGAUGUUCAAAAACAGUAUGCGUGGAAUGUGCAGACAAUAAGUAA